AAGCAGAACGUGAACGGCUAGUGCUUUGGUUUGUUUACGUCGUGAAUGUAAAAUGUCACAAUUACAGUUCUUGAAUGUGUUUAUUACCGAACGAUUAACAGCGGUAGCUAUGGAGAUAUCCGUUGUACUUGAACAAAAUAUAGGCGAGUACCUGGAAGAAAUCUCCCGUUCAAACGAGGAGAACAAACGUUUACAGAGCCUGUUGGAUUUGGUUUUCAACUCCGAAAUCAAGUUACACCGCGAAGACUCCCAGCAGCUCUCUCUUCCUGUCUCUGAAGAGGAGGUUCCACAUGAGCAGCAGCACUGUGAGCAGGAGAGGAGCCCCAGUCAGGGGCAGGAGGACCCAGAGCACACACAGAUUAAAGAGGAACAGGAGGAAGUCAGGACCAGUCAAGAGGAGGACCAGCCUCAAGGGCUGGAACCUGAUACCAAAGACAUCUUAAUCCCUGCCUGUGUGAAAAGUGACUAUGAACAGGACCCACCUCUGCCCUCACAUCUUGACCAAACCUUGGAGAACAGAGAGAGGGACUCUCUACCCACCAACACAACGGAACAGAUCAAAACAGAACCUGAUGGAGAGGAUUACAGCAUAUCAGAACCAACCAGGGACUCUCAGCUCCUCUCUGAAGCCCAGGUAGGAAACAUAGAAGAACGUGUUGAUGGGAUGGAGAGACCCAUUCCCCCUCCCUUCUCUCCAGACUCCCAGCAGCCCUCUCUCCCUGUCUCUAAAGAGGAGGUUCCCCCAGAGCAGCAGGAGAAAAGUCCCAGGCUGGGUCUGGAGGAACCAGAGCCCACAAAACAAGAGGAACUCUGGAUGAAUCAGGAGGAACAGCAGCUGGAAUCUGACAGCAGAGUAUAAGAACCAACCAGUGACUCUCAGCUCCUCUCUGCAGUAAAUCCAGACUGUUCUGCAGUUCAGAGUGAAAACAGAGUAUGUGUUGAUGGGGCAGUGGAGAUGCUUAUUCUUAUUCUCCUCCCUCCAGACUCCCAGCAGCUCUCUCUCCCUGUCUCUGAAGAGGAGGUUCCCCUUGAACAGCAGCACUGUGAGCAAGAGAGGAGCCCCAGUCAGGGGCAGGAGGACCCAGAGCCCACACAGAUUAAAGAGGAACAGGAGGAACUCAGGACCAGGCAAGAGGAAGACCAGCCUCAAGGUCUGGAGUCUGAAAUCAGAGUAUUAGAACCAACCAGCCUCUGCAGAGUUUUAGAACCAACUAGUCUUUGCAAAGAAUUAGAAUCAACGUCUGUAGCAAAUCCAGACUGUUCUGCAGCUAAAAGUGAAAAGAUAGAAGAAUAUGUUGAUGGGUUGGAGAGACCCAUUCUACCUUCCAAACCUCCAGAACUCCUUGUCUUUGAAGAGGAGGUUCCACCUGAGCAGCAAGGGAGGAGCCCCAGUCUGCAGCAGGAGGACCCAGAGCCCACAAAGGUUAAAGACAAGCGGGAGGAAUUCGGGACCAGGCAGGAGGAAGAGCAGCUUUACAUUGGGCUAUCAGAAUCAACAAGCCUUUGUAGAGUAUCAGAACCAACCCUCUCUGCAGCAAAUCCAGACUGUUCUGAAGACCAGGUAGGAAACAUAGAAGAACGUGUUGAUGGGAUGGAGAGACCCAUUCCCCCUCCCUUCUCUCCAGACUCCCAGCAGCCCUCUCUCCCUGUCUCUAAAGAGGAGGUUCCCCCAGAGCAGCAGGAGAGAAGUCCCAGGCUGGGUCUGGAGGACCCAGAGUCCACAAAACAAGAGGAACUCUGGACGAAUCAGGAGGAACAGCAGCUGGAAUCUGACAGCAGAGUAUCAGAACCAACCAGUGACUCUCAGCUCCUCUCUGCAGUAAAUCCAGACUGUUCUGCAGCUCAGAGUGAAAACAGAGUAUCAGAACCAACCAGUGACUCUCAGCUCCUCUCUGCAGUAAAUCCAGACUGUUCUGCAGCUCAGAGUGAAAACAGAGUAUCAGAACCAACCAGUGACUCUCAGCUCCUCUCUGCAGUAAAUCCAGACUGUUCUGCAGCUCAGAGUGAAAACAGAGUAUCAGAACCAACCAGUGACUCUCAGCUCCUCUCUGCAGUAAAUCCAGACUGUUCUGCAGCUCAGAGUGAAAACAGAGUAUCAGAACCAACCAGUGACUCUCAGCUCCUCUCUGCAGUAAAUCCAGACUGUUCUGCAGCUCAGAGUGAAAACAGAGUAUCAGAACCAACCAGUGACUCUCAGCUCCUCUCUGCAGUAAAUCCAGACUGUUCUGCAGCUCAGAGUGAAAACAGAGUAUCAGAACCAACCAGUGACUCUCAGCUCCUCUCUGCAGUAAAUCCAGACUGUUCUGCAGCUCAGAGUGAAAACAGAGUAUCAGAACCAACCAGUGACUCUCAGCUCCUCUCUGCAGUAAAUCCAGACUGUUCUGCAGCUCAGAGUGAAAACAGAGUAUCAGAACCAACCAGUGACUCUCAGCUCCUCUCUGCAGUAAAUCCAGACUGUUCUGCAGCUCAGAGUGAAAACAGAGUAUCAGAACCAACCAGUGACUCUCAGCUCCUCUCUGCAGUAAAUCCAGACUGUUCUGCAGCUCAGAGUGAAAACAGAGUAUCAGAACCAACCAGUGACUCUCAGCUCCUCUCUGCAGUAAAUCCAGACUGUUCUGCAGCUCAGAGUGAAAACAGAGUAUCAGAACCAACCAGUGACUCUCAGCUCCUCUCUGCAGUAAAUCCAGACUGUUCUGCAGCUCAGAGUGAAAACAGAGUAUCAGAACCAACCAGUGACUCUCAGCUCCUCUCUGCAGUAAAUCCAGACUGUUCUGCAGCUCAGAGUGAAAACAGAGUAUCAGAACCAACCAGUGACUCUCAGCUCCUCUCUGCAGUAAAUCCAGACUGUUCUGCAGCUCAGAGUGAAAACAGAGUAUCAGAACCAACCAGUGACUCUCAGCUCCUCUCUGCAGUAAAUCCAGACUGUUCUGCAGCUCAGAGUGAAAACAGAGUAUCAGAACCAACCAGUGACUCUCAGCUCCUCUCUGCAGUAAAUCCAGACUGUUCUGCAGCUCAGAGUGAAAACAGAGUAUCAGAACCAACCAGUGACUCUCAGCUCCUCUCUGCAGUAAAUCCAGACUGUUCUGCAGCUCAGAGUGAAAAUGUUAAAGUUCAUCAGAGUCCCAGCACUUCUUCAGAACAAGAUUCUAGUAACGUGGAAUCAAAUGAAGCAUCUAGUUUCUCUACCUGGAGUGAGGAAAACAUCUCAGUAACAGACAGCAACUCUUCAGACAGUAGCUCCUGCACUAAAGAAGACUCUGAGACACAGCGACCAGCGAAGAGAACAUGCCAUUCUAGUGGUGUGGUGAACGAACCAUCUGAUUUGUCCAACUUAUGUGAUGAAAACAACCCGGGGACUGAGAUCAGCCCUUCAGACGGGAACAAAGACAUGAACAUCCAAACAGACUCUGGGGCUCAUAAUCCAGCUAAGAGGAUCUGUCGGAGGGUGCAGAGUGCUUCACCAGAGGUUGUGUGCAGUAGGGUGACUACCCCAUCAGCAGCUCCAAGCUCCACACACGUCAUACCGAUGUCUGUAACCGACAGUAGAAGGUCUAAGAAACGGUGUUGUCGGUACUGUGGAAAGGCUUAUGUUAAAAUCACAAGACACAUGCGGAUUGUGCAUCGGGAUGAGGCCUUCAGCUUCAGAAAGAAGUCCAGAGAGAGAAAAGUCUUACGUCUUCUGAAUAAAAAGGGAGGCGUUGUGCGUAAUGUUGCCGUAGCAAGACGUGGGAGUGGAGAGAUGGGCUCCUGUUCCCGUCCCAAAGUGCCAGGAUCCACUCCAUGUUACACCCACUGCUUGCACUGUCAAGGUCUGUACAUUCAAAAGUCACUACGGAAGCAUGUCAGAUACUGCCCUCUGAACCCCAAAGCUGAACAACCAAAACCUGGACCAAAGAUGAGGAUUCAGUCAGCAAUGGCGUUUAAGAUGCGUCCUCAACCCGACUACGUCAGCACAGGUCUUUGGAAGAUAGUUUGUGGUAUGAACUCCGGCCGAGUUUCAUUUGUGGUUAGAAAUGACAAAUGUAUCCUCCUCAUGGGAGAGGAGCUGUACAACAAACUACAGCCAGAUGACAGAAGAAACAAAUACCUUCAACAAAGAAUGAGAGAGGUGGCAAGACUCCUCAUCACGGCCAGGACGUGUACACCUCUGAUGUGCUUUGAGGACUUGGUCAUACCUAGUAAUUUACCUCACGUCAUCACGGCAGUGAGAGCUGUUGCUGGCUACAACGAGGAGAACAAAACGUACGACCGUCCGACGCUGGCUGUUCAAAUGGGAUACAACUUAAUGAACAUUGGCAACGCUGUGGAAUCCUGUGCGUUGACGUCAGGACGACACAAAGUCGCGGAGUCUGCUGGCAAAUUCAAAGGUUUCAAGUGGAAUGAGGUUGUUUUGGCUGGAGCACUGACCACUCUCAGUGAACCCCAGAAUAAAUGUCCACAGCCGACCCCUGUCACACAGGCGCCCGGCCAGCCGACCUGUUGCACACGCACCCAGCCGACCCCUGUCACACAGGCGCCCGGCCAGCCGACCUGUUGCACACGCACUCAGCCGACCCCUGUCGCACAGGCGCCCGGCCAGCCGACCCGUUGCACACGCACCCAGCCGACCCGUCGCACACGCACCCAGCCGACCCGUCGCACACGCACCCAGCCGACCCGUCGCACAGGCACCCAGCCGACCCGUCGCACAGGCACCCAGCCGACCCGUCGCACAGGCACCCAGCCGACCCGUCGCACAGGCACCCAGCCGACCCGUCGCACAGGCACCCAGGCGACCCGUAGCACAGGCACCCAGGCGACCCGUAGCACAGGCACCCAGGCGACCCGUAGCACAGGCACCCAGGCGACCCGUAGCACAGGCACCCAGCCAACCCAAAGAAACACUGUGAGAUUAAAGAGGAUCGUUGAUGAGGGAGCAGCAGUAGAGAAACACAUAAUGGCGUUCAUAAAGAGUGGCCAAGUUCCUGAAAAGAGGGACUGCCUCAAAUGCCUCCAGUCAGAACCUGUGGCGCUCAAAAGCAGAAACUGGUCGGGCAUUAAGUUCUAUGUAAAUAGAGUCAAACAGAGACGGAGUGCUGCAGGGAAUUCAGAGGGCAGCACCCCUGACCUGGACUCAAACUCAGGUCCAGAGACUGGCAACCCAACACCUUAGCCAAACAAAAUGUUAUUGUUCUUUGACUCAAUAAUUGGUGCAUUCUGGGUGUGCUAUGAAGUUCAGAAUCAUUUUGCACUCCCAAUCUUUCAGUUUUUGAUUUGUUAAAAAAGUUUGAAAUAUCCAAUAAAUGUCGUUCCACUUCA